UAGUUAUUUACAUGCUGUGGGACAAAAAGUUUGGAAACGAUGGAAGAAACGUUAUUUUGUUCUUGUUCAGGUAAGCCAAUACACAUUUGCUAUGUGUAGCUACAGGGAGAAGAAAGCUGAGCCACAGGAACUGAUGCAACUUGAAGGAUACACCGUGGAUUACACUGAUCCUCAGUCAGGUCUUCAGGGUGGUCGUUGGUUCUUCAAUGCAGUUAAAGAAGGGGACACUGUGGUAUUUGCCUGCGAUGAUGAGCAAGACCGAAUACUGUGGGUGCAAGCAAUGUACAGAGCAACAGGACAGUCUUAUAAACCCAUUGUUUCCAACCAUGCUCAGAAAUCAAAUCCAAAAGGUAUAAAUGCUCACAUGGAAGCUCCUUUGCCAAGCACAGAUCGUGGCCAGAGACAUGGAAUGGAUGAGUUUAUUUCUGCUAAUCCCUGCAGAUAUGACCAUGCCUCCCUUUUCAAAGUACUGCAGCAGCAAACAUUGGAA